AGGUGGAAGAGUAGAUAGAUAUUCUUUGAAUUUAUAUUCUAAUUCGCAAAAAAAAAAAAAAAUCUCUUUCUCUCUAUAAUUCAAGCCCCUAUUAGAAGAAAAAAAAGUGCUCAUUAUAAAUAUCUCAAGAUUUUGUUUGUUUAUUCUGGUUAACCAUGGCUAACGCGACAUCUGGAAUGGCUGUGCACGAUGACUGCAAGCUAAAGUUUUUGGAGUUGAAGGCAAAAAGAACACACCGCUUCAUUGUUUUUAAGAUUGAGGAGAAGCAAAAACAGGUUAUUGUGGAAAAGGUUGGUGAGCCAGCUCAAAGCUACGAAGAUUUUGCAGCAAGCCUCCCUGCUGACGAGUGUCGAUAUGCUGUAUAUGAUUUUGACUUUGUGACUGCUGAGAAUUGCCAGAAGAGCAGAAUCUUUUUCAUCGCCUGGUCUCCAGACACGUCAAGGGUGAGAAGCAAGAUGAUCUAUGCAAGUUCGAAGGACAGAUUCAAGAGAGAACUCGACGGAAUCCAGAUUGAACUGCAGGCUACCGAUCCCACCGAAAUGGGUCUCGAUGUUAUUAGGAGCCGUGCCAGCUAAAUAGAAAUCUCCUUAUUUCGCAACAGAGAAUUUCUCGUAUGCACUCUACUCUUGAGCGAAAUGUUAAUAUUACAUGGGCGGGGGAACCUGACUGAAUUAUGAUAUUGGUUUGUUUGAGAUUUACCUUAUAGUCGUCUUCUCGAGUCGUUUCAGAUAUUUUGAAUAUGUUAUGAUUUGUUAUUGUAUCGAAGUUAUGCAAGGUGUGUCUUUCUUAUGGUUAUUUGCACAAUAUAUGAUGCCUCAUCAUUUGAUGGUGGAGCAAACUGGGAUUUGUAUGUUAAUGGCCGUCUUACUUUAAAGAAGAAAUGCUUUUUCUGGAUA